AUGUACCCAUAUCGCUUGGUUUUUGGAAAAGCUUGUCAUCUUCCAAUUGAGUUAGAGCAUAGGGCAUACUGGGCAAUGAAAAAGUUAAACUUUGAUUGGAAUGCUUCUAGUGAGAAUAGAGCUUUACAACUGAAUGAGCUUGAUGAAUUUCGUAAUGAGGCAUACGAAAACACAACAAUCUAUAAGGAACACACCAAAGCUUGGCAUGAGAAUAACCUAGUCCACAAAGAGUUUCAACCUGGGCAGCAAGUACUUCUUUUUAAUUCAAGGUUGAGAUUAUUUCAUGGAAAAUUGAAGUCCCAGUGGUCAGGUCCCUUUACUGUGGUGAGAGUGUUUCCAUAUGGCUCAGUGGAAGUACAAGGAAAGAAUGGAGAUACUUUCAAGGUGAAUGGACAAAGGUUGAAGCCAUAUGUGGGCAGUGCAUUUGAUCAAGCGAAGUCAUUAAUCCUCUUGACGACCUUGUGA